AACCUUGUGAUUGGCAUUCUAUCUCCAGUGGCCGCGGCUGUCAGCUGCCCAGAAGCUUGGUCGAGUGAGGACCUACAAAGUUUGUCCGCUCCGGGGCGCCAUACCGGCUCGGGUCCGGGCCAGCCGGGCUGGGCUGGGCUGAGCACAGGAGACCCCCGAUGGCCGCAGUGUUCCUGGUAACGCUCUAUGAAUACUCGCCGCUCUUCUACAUCGCGGUGGUCUUCACCUGCUUCAUCGUCACUACCGGCCUGGUAUUAGGAUGGUUUGGUUGGGACGUUCCAGUAAUUCUGAGAAAUUCAGAAGAAACCCAGUUCAGCACAAGAGCAUUCAAGAAACAAAUGAGACAAGUGAAGAAUCCUUUUGGCUUAGAGAUCACUGAUUCAUCCGCAGCUUCCCUAGCAACAGGCAUGACCUUGACGACAGACUGCCUGGAAGACAGUCGCCUUACGUGCUACUGGGGGUGCAGUGUUCAAAAACUCUACGAAGCUCUUCAGAAGCACGUGUACUGCUUCAGGAUAAGCACGCCGCAAGCGCUGGAAGAGGCGCUGUACAGUGACUAUCUCCACCGAGAACAGUAUUUUAUUAAAAAGCACAGCAAAGAAGAAAUAUAUUGCCAAUUACCGAGCGAUACUGGAAUUGAAGACUUCGGUCCAGUGCCCAGAGCUCGCUAUCCUUUGGUAGCUCUGCUGACCCUCGCCGAUGAGGAUGACAGGGAAAUUUAUGAUAUUAUUUCCAUGGUGUCCGUAAUUCAUAUUCCUGAUAAGACUUACAAACUUCCCUGCAGAGUAUUGUAUCAAUAUUUAAUCCUGGCUCAAGGUCAAUUUUAUGAUCUUAAGCAACUUUUCAUGUCUGCAAAUAAUAGUCCUACUCUCUCCAGUGACCCGUCUCCAGCGGACAGAAAUGUGGAGCAGAGCUUGUUGGAGAAGGCGGGACUGGCUGGGAGUGACGUGGAGCCGGUGGAGGAGAGCAGCAAGGACUGUGUGGUGUGCCAGAACGGCGGCGUGAACUGGGUGCUCCUGCCUUGCCGGCAUGCCUGCCUGUGCGACAGCUGUGUGUGCUACUUCAAGCAGUGUCCCAUGUGCCGGCAGUUUGUGCAGGAAUCCUUUGCACUUUGUGGUCAGAAAGAGCCAGACAAGGAUGUACUAGAAACUUGAAGACAUCACAGCCGGAGAAAGUACUUUCUAUACAAGGUCAGAACCUUGUGUCCUUAGAGGCAAUCCUAACACAGAAUCUACAGUCUUAACUGUCGGAGAGAGUUCUAUUUUCACUUCAUACGUGUACAGUACAUGGAUGAUGGAAAUAAAGUCUUCCUGCUCAGUGUGGCAAGCACUGGA